AUGGCCUUCGUAAUUGGCGGUUCAUUUGUUCUUAAUAGGUUUAUUGUACCUUUAGGCUAUGAUCGCUGUUUAGAGGCCAGCGUUGGAUCUCCAGUCACAAUAACAACUCCCUGGUUAUACAGUAAUUUGUUUAAUGCUGUGCUCAGUACCUACUACCAAAGUUUCUGCCCUCAGACUAGGGUCAGCUUAGAAUUGGGACAAGUGGACUUUUUACCUCGUGGCUCAGGAAUUGUUACAAGGCGACCGUUGAUUCUUCAGUUGCUACACAAUAAAGCAGAGUAUGCUGAGUUCCUGCAUUGCAAAGGAAAAAAGUUUGUUGAUUUUGAUGAAGUUAGGAAAGAAAUUGAAGCAGAGACUGACCGAGCUACCGGUUCAAACAAAGGCAUUUCAAAUGCCCCAAUCAACCUCAGAGUCUACUCUCCAAAUGUUUUGAAUCUUACAUUGAUUGACUUGCCUGGCAUGACCAAAGUUCCUGUCGGAGAUCAGCCAGCAGAUAUUGAAAUGCAGAUUCGUAGUAUGCUGAUGGAGUUCAUCACAAAGGAAAACACAUUAAUCCUUGCAGUGUCGCCAGCAAAUGCAGAUCUUGCCAACUCAGACGCCCUCAAGAUCGCCAAGGAGGUUGACCAAUCAGGCGCUCGUACUAUCGGUGUGAUAACUAAAUUGGAUUUAAUGGACGAUGGAACCGAUGCCAGAGACAUCCUAGAAAAUAGACUGCUUCCAUUAAGAAGAGGGUAUGUUGGUGUUGUCAACAGAAGUCAAAAAGAUAUUGAUGGCAGGAAGGACAUCAAAGCAGCUUUGGCUGCUGAGAGGAAGUUUUUCCUAAGUCAUGCAUCAUAUAGGCACUUGGCAAACAAGAUGGGCACUCCAUAUUUACAGAAAGUUUUGAACCAGCAACUAACAAAUCAUAUUUGUGACACAAUACCACAAUUACGCAACAAACUUCAGGGACAGUUGCUUUUGCUGGAGAAAGAUGUUGGCGAGUAUAAGAACCUUCGUGCUGAUGACCCUGCUAGGAAGACCAAGGCAUUGCUGCAGAUGGUACAGCAGUUUUCAGAGACUUUUGACAGAAUACUUGUUGGAUCUGGUGAUAAAGUGGACACAACGGAAUUAUCAUCAGGUGCCAAGAUCAACCGCAUUUUCCAUGUUCAAUUUCCAUUUGAAAUUGUUAAAAUGGAGUACGAUGAAAAAAGACUGCGGAGAGAAAUAAGCAUCACAAUCCAGAAUACGCUUGGUGUACGAGUUGGUUUGUUCACUCCAGAUAUGGCUUUUGAAGCCAUCACUAAAAAACAGAUCGCAAGAUUGAAGGAGCCCGCCCUCAAGUGUUGUGAUAUGGUCAUCUCAGAAUUGAACGACAUAGUCAGAAAAUGUGGAGAAAAGAUGGCGCGUUAUCCUAGAUUACGUGAAGAAACAGAGCGCAUCAUCUCGCAGCACAUUCGAGAGCGUGAACAACGCACAAAGGACCAUGUAACCCUGCUAUUUAAUGUACAGUUAGCUUACAUGAAUACAAACAACGAGGACUUCAUUGGCUUUACAAAUGCUCAGAAUAAAGCUGAUCGGAGGACAGGUGAGAAGAAAAGUGUGGGUAACCAGGUAAUUUGUAAAGGAUGGAUGAGUCUUCACAACAUCAGCUUCAUGAAGGGUGGGUCACGUGACUACUGGUUCGUAUUAACUGCCGAGAACUUUAUGUGGUAUAAGGAUGAAGAGGAGAAAGAAAAGAAGUUCUAUCUGCCCCUUGAAGGGUUGAUGCUCCGGGAUCUUGAGCAAGGUUUCAUGUCCAAGAAGCAUGCAUUUGCUCUCUUCAAUCCAGAUCACAGAAAUGUGUACAAAGACUACAAGCAGUUGGAAUUAUCUUGCGAAAAUGAGGACUCCAGUUACAGAUGGAAGGCAUCAUUUUUAAGAGCUGGUGUUUACCCUGAAAGGAACCAAGAUGAUGAUGACCAGACAGGAGGAAUGAAUGAUAUGGAUUCGAAUGAUCCGGUUCGUGAACGUCAGGUGGAGACUAUUAGAAACUUAGUAGAUUCGUACACGGCCAUAGUCAGCAAGCAAGUCCGAGAUAUUGUACCCAAAACAAUCAUGUGCAUUUUGAUCAAAGAUACUAAGGAGUUUAUAAAGUCUGAUCUGCUCGCUUACUUGUACUCAUCUGGGGACCAGAAUGACCUGAUGGAGGAGUCGGCAGAAGAAGCCGAGCGUCGGGAAGAGAUGAUCCGGAUGUACCAUGCAACUAAGGAUGCACUAAAGAUCAUUGGUGAUAUAAGUAUGAAAACCAAAUCCACGCCGAUGCCGCCUCGUGUGGAUAAUGAUAACCUUAUUCAGCCAUUCUCUAAUGGUCCAACCCCUGUACAGCCUGCAGGACGAAAACCUCCCCCAAGGCCAUCUGGACAUUCAGCUCCACCACCCCGCAGUGUUCCCGCCAGACCAGAUAUUCCAAGUAGACCAGCUCCUGGUGUACCAAGACGGCCAGACAAUAAAGCUGCUCCACCCAUUCCAGGACGACCGCGCUAAACUGUCUACUUGUCUUCCUAAACAACCUGUGUGCAGUAAAAUUUGCAUAUCUGACAUGAGUGUCAAUUCAAGUAGAUGUUUGGUCAGGUGAUGUUACCUCUAUAGACUAGGUUCUGAUGUUUUGUGUGCCUAAUGUAAAUAGAUUGACCUUCAAAACUAUUAUCAAGUAUAAUAAUGUAAUGUUUUAAUUUUAAUUCUUGUGUACAAGUUAUUAGAAAGAAACCUACAAAUGUCCUCAAAGAUCUUAUAAGAAUAUAAUGCUUAUUUAAAUUUCUUUUCUAUAUUCAAAUAUUAACAUAUAGGAUAAGCUGUUAUACAUUUGUUUUAAACCUGGAUAAAUCCUCAUUCACUUUAGGACAGACUCAGAGGUUCCAUGUUUGGAUCCUUUUUAGAAAGUUCAGAUUUACUGAGACUUUUUUUUCCAUGGGUGGUCAUUACAUGGACGGAUGGCUUCACGAAGACAAUAUUACAGUAUAGUAAAAUACUUGAGGGAGAUGCUUGGUCACUCUCGUGAUAAGGGAAACCUUCAGAUUUCCAGGACAUAAGGGACUCCUGGAGGACACCUGUUUAGAGUAUAUAUCGGUAAGAGCUAGCAUAGCAGUUGAUCUGCUUUGAAUAUAUAGUAAUAUUAGAAAGUAUAUAAUAUAUUGCAAUUGAAAUUCAGAAAUACUAAGAGAAAUAGAUAUCUCAGUACAAUACACUAUACCCAAGUGUUGGGUGUUAAAAUGUUACAAUAUUAAUAUGUAUUCGAUAUAUAUGAAUAUGAUUUAGUUUUCAGAUACCCAGCAAUAAAAUGUAAUAGUAUUUAAAACAUUUCCUGGUAUAUUUAUGUACUGUAUUACUUCAGUAGUGUUAAUAAAAUUUUUGGAUUUACAGAAAUAUAUCUGACAACCAAGUUUGCAUUGGAAUUAUUUUGACUAACAUGAAGGGUAACUUUACCUUAGUCAAAUCGUACUACUGUAUGCUCUUGUAUUUAAAUAUGCAAUAAUGUAUGCCUUACAAAGCAAGAUUUUGAUCAUGCGUGGUCGGUCCUAGCGUGGAUACAUUCUGAAUAUAAUAUCAGUGAAAUGAGAUAGCUCUGUGUGCAUUGGCCUUCUGUUGUUCUUGGGUGAAACAGAUUGGUCAGUCUUCCUGGGACUAAGGAAAGUCCAAUCGGAACAAGGUCUAAUUUGAUACCGCACCAUAUGCAUGACUUUUCGGUAAUUUACUAGCAGUAUAUUUUAGUACUCAGUAUAUUUUAAUAUCCUGUUGAACAGUUAAUCAUGUAUAAUUCCUAACUAUUGAAAUAUUUAUAUUAUUGGCCAUUACUGAUUAACUGAAGACUACGGUGCUUCUUUUGGAUGCUCAAUGUUGGUUUAGGUAUUUGGGAGUAAAGCUGGCAAAUAUAUAAAUUAUGAUAGUGUUAUUAAAUUUUUUUCCAUUAUGUGCAAGAUUGUUGAAAAUUGUUUAAUAAAUAUUACCACUCUA